GUGGCAUCCUGCCCAAAGCUGGCAUGGCUCCGGCCUCCUCGUCUGCGCCUGUUGCUAAAACCAAGCCCUCUGAGGAGGAAGAAAGAGCCCAGGCUUGGGCUGUAAUGAAGGUUCUACAGGCGGCGGGUGGAAAGGCGCCGCUUGCCAACGCCUGCGCGGCGCUGCUGGCUUUAGGCAUCAUGCAAGGCCCCCACCAAAAUGUGUGCAAGAAUGUUGUGACACUGGUUCAGAGCAGGAAUGAUCUCUUUGAACAGCUCCCCAAGCACUGGCGGAUGAUUGGCCAAAAGGAUCUAAUCAUCAGCCUGAAGCCCUCUGCACUUGCGACGAGUUCGAAGGCCAGCCGUUGA